GGGCUGCAAUGAUUUGGACUUUGCUUGCUUCGACGCUGUACGCAGCCCUGCUGUCCUCUGCGGCCUGCACUCCAGCGCAGGUAUCUGGGCUUAUGGGAGGUUCUGUGCUCCUGAAGGCGGAAAUCCCUCCUGGCUUCCAUGUCCGAGAAACCUUCUGGAAGUCCCUGACCCCUUUAGAUGAACUGGUGGCCACCUCCUUCACGGGAGCACGGGUGACCCAGUAUCGAUCCCGGUUCUAUGGAAGGUGUCAGCUUCACAAUAAUUUCACCUUGGAGAUCAGCCCUGUGGGCCUGGGAGAUGCUGGGACCUUCUUGGUGCUGCUGGUGAACAUAUCGGGAGAGAUGGAGGAACAGGUCUUUCACCUGGCGGUCUAUGACGUGGUGUCCACGCCAGCCAUCCGAGUGUUCGCCGAAGAGAGGCGUCCAAAUGCCUCCGGCGCGUCCUGCGUAUUGUUCCUGACUUGUACGGCAUCCGCUGGGUCCAAUGUCACGUACAGCUGGACAGGGCCGGAGGGCAAGACUCUAGCCAGGGAGAAACACACGGUCUUCGGGAACGGCCAAGUGCUGUGGGCCAAACUGGACCUCCUGGAAGAACAGCAGGAGAGCUACACAUGUACAGCAGCCAAUACAGUUAGCAAAGGAUCAGUUACUGUCCAUGUCCAGGAAUACUGCCAGAGACAACCAGUUGGCAAAGACCCUCUGUAUGAUUACAGAGACGUUCUCCUCAUUAUCAUCCCCCUCGCCUCACUCCUCCUCUUGGCAGGAACUGUUUUGAUCAUGCACUGUAAGCGACGCUCAGGGAAAAAAACAGCCUACACCAUUUCAGAAAACGAGCCCAUUCCUGUUUAGCUGAGUCUUUCAUCUAUACAGACCUGGUUUUGUGGGAACUCCGCUCCGUUCUAUGCACCGGCGGAGCUUUAAGGAAUUUUACAAACUGCAUCUUGCCCUGGUCGGGGAGUAACGGCUGGGAGCCGGAAUGAAGCCAUUUGUGUUUGGAACAGGGCUUCCCUUUUUAAGCUAAAAAACACGGAGGGUUUUGUCAGCCCUGGAGGCUCACCAAGAACUCUGUAAAUAGCUUCAGUUUCCCAAUCCUAGUCUAGAACCAACUACUGGUGCAGCUAAUGCUGGAACUCGGGGCGAAAUCCAGAGCGCCCCCCCCCCAAUGGCCAUCCAAAGAGAAUCAAGAGAUGGGGGCAGUGGUUCUACGUCGGCACCUGGACUGAUACAAGGGACAUCAGAGAAAUCCACAAAGGAUUCAAAUGAGUUCAGAUCUCUAUGAAUCCAACCAGCCGAUCCUGCACCAAACCGACUUU